UUUUGAGAUUUAGAGUCUAAGAGCUCUUAUAGUUUGAUUGUAGACAUUCACACAUGUGAAUGUUCAAGUUUGACUCUGAAUGUUCAAGUUUGACUGCAGGAAGCUCGACUCGCAAAGCUUGUGCGUGUGAAAAACAAAAGAAAACCUUGCUAUGUUCACUGUCUUCCUGGCAGGAAGAUCUGAGUCUGAACAAUCAGGAUGACUUUGCUAACCUCCCCUGACCCAAAAAUAGUAGAGAGAGAACUGUCCAAGUCCAACGUUAGGGAGGGGCGGUGCCCCAGCGGUUGCUCGCGAGAGGCGCCUCCGUGACAACCGGUGGCCGUGCAGCCGCGGAGGCCGCUCGCAGCCGCACGCCUCCGAACACCGGCGGCAACCAACCAACACCAACGUCCUUGACCGGGUCCGCCGUCCCGGCGCCGCUCCAUGGCCGCCUUUUUAGAGCGCCGCGGGCACCUCCUCUUUCUGCCUCGCUGAACCUCCACGAGGAUCUCCGAUCCGCGCUCGCGAUCCACUGCCACCGUACCGUACGUACCGUAUCUCCCCGCAUCGAUCGCCAUGGCGUCGUCCACUCCCGUGUGGCUCCUCCUCGCGGUCGCGUGCGCGCUGCUGGCCACACUCGCCGGCGCCGACGCCGUCCCCGUCGAGGGCCUCCCGCCUUCCAUCGGCGGCACCGCCGUGUUCGGGUGCAACCCGGCCACGGACAAGACGUGCAAGCCCGACGGCCCGAAGCUGCUGCCGGGCGGCGGCGUGGACAUCGACGGCGACGGCGACGAGGACGAGCUGCCCGGGUUCGACCCCCACUUCACCAUCCUCGGUCAUGCCCACUGAUCAAUUUUGGGUACGGUGGCCGUGUCGUGUGUGUGUCUUCGAUCUUGACGCUCUAAUCUGGACAUGAUGUUGCGUUUGCGUUGUACUAUUGUGAGCAUAUGAUGGUAAUUAACAAAGAAUCUCAAGCUCUCUAGGUUUUUCCUUUUG